UCAAUAGGCCUACAACGAGAAGACCGGCCAUCAUGACUUCGCCUGUCACCGCACCUGUCCUUAACAACACCGACAAAUGGAUAGAGGAGAAUCAGAAGUUUUUCCUGCCUCCUGUGUGCAACAAGAUGAUGCACAACGAGGGACAGAUGAAGCUAUUCUAUGUUGGAGGACCCAACCAAAGAAAGGACUACCAUAUUGAGGAGGGUGAGGAGCUGUUCUACAUGAUAAAAGGGGACAUGUGUUUGAAAGUUGUGGAGCAGAACCAGCAUAAAGAUGUACACAUCAAAGAGGGAGAGAUUUUCCUGCUGCCAGCUAGAGUAGCUCACUCCCCACAGAGACAAGCUAACACCAUCGGUAUGGUGAUAGAAAGGGACAGGGCAGAGACAGAGAAGGACGGACUAAGGUACUACAUAGAAGAGAAUGGUGCCUCGACCCUAACCACUUUGUAUGAGGAGUGGUUCCACUGUGAAGACCUUGGUUCCCAGCUUGGGCCAAUCAUCAAAAGGUAUUUUGCAUCUGAACAGCACAAGACGGGACAACCAGUAGGGACUAUUGAAAAGCCACCAUUUGAGCUUGAUUCCAAAGUAAAGUUAGUAAAACCAUUCUGUCUGAAGCAUUGGAUCGAUAAAAACAGGGCAGAUAUGGACAGUAAAGGUGUGGUGAACAUGUUUGGCAGCAAUAGCCAGUUCCAGGUUGAUGUUUUUGGAAAAGGAGAGAAUACAGGAAAAUGUGAUACAGCUGAAAUUUUCAUUUGGCAGCUGGAGGGAAGCUCUACUGUGACUGUUGAAGGGAAGGAGUAUGCAGUCGGUAAUAAUGACUCACUGCUUGUUCCUAUUGGACAGAGUUACACAUCAAAGCGUGAACAGGGAUCUUUGUCUCUUAUCUGCUACCAGGACCCCACACGCAAGGUUGUCCCAGAGUAGCAAGGUCAAGGUUGAGUUCUAAAAACUUUGCUGUGGCAGGAAGUCAAGUGUCCUUUAUAAGCUUAGAAAGUUGACUGACAGAAAGUUGACUGUGACCUUCACUAUUAGCAUUACCAAAACAAUUGAUCUGAACUGUCAGUAUUGUAAAUAUCAAGGUCAGGGUCAAGCUGUCUUCCACCAAUCACCCUGUGAGGAGGAGUGUGAUACGUGUUACACUGUACCGAAGUAAGGCAGUAUUAUUACAGUUCUAUUUUAUCUGAUCGUGUAACGAUUGGUUGUGGUUUAUUGCUGUUGUGUUUUUAUAUCUUGAUUUACAUUAACUCAUGUAGUCAGUUGUAUUAAUCUUUUAACUCCAAAGAUUUGUUGUUUCUGUUAAGUUUGUUUUCUGUAGGAAGUGUGCAGACACACUUACUGAACUUGACCUCAUUUAUUGCAUUCCAAAAGGUUUGAAUGCAUAGAUCAGCAUUGCUUAUGAAAUAGAGACAUACCCUGGUGGUCUGAUAUAUCUGGCAAUUAAAGCUUUGAAAAAGACUUUCAAAAUUUGCAUUAGCGUCAACCAGUCUGUAACAAACAGGCCUCUGAAUCCAGUGUAUCAUUCAAGGAUUGUAAGAUUUAUGUUCAAACUCGACUGAUGUAAACAAAUUUUAGUAAUAUUGUGUCUGUACAAUAACUUGGUGUUCCUUUGAUCCUGUAGUGCACUGGGUAAGGAAACUGUUUGAAUGUUUUAAAAAGGUAUAUGAGUCAAACAGUCAAUAUCAAAUGAAAUAAUAACUUUGGAAUCAAAAGUUUGCCUCUUUAAAAUAUUU